CUUCAGGUAGGAAGUUGUCUACGCAUUUUUCAACAGAAGAGGAUAAAAUAUGUAAUCCUUGUUUAUUUUAUUUUUGAGGCUUUUCCUAUUAUUGCUUCAUGUCUGCAUAGUGCUCUCCCUGUUUUGCGUACAAAUGUGGAUUCGACAUGUUGAACUGCCAUUUUCACACUCCACAAAGCAUCGCAUGAAGCAUGGACAGCGUGAGGAGACGCAUGGUGGUAUGGCUGAAGCCCAUAUGGGGGAAAACUGAGAAUGAUGAUAUGGAGGCUUAGAGCAACAGUUGAAUCAUUAGGAAGAAACGACUAGCUUCUUACACAAGGAAAGGGAAGAAGAAAGAGGCUUAGAUCCUGUCCAAAUUGGAGUGGUGGAGGAUGCGAGGCAAAUCCAUCCAAGACCAUUGAGCACGCUGGCAGGUCCACAUGUGGCAGGAGGCUCUGUGGACGCGCGGACGAUACCUGCUGGAGAAGAGCGAUGGAGGAGGAGGAGGAGAGGGUGCAGAGGGGCCCGAGAGCAUGGCCGAUGGUUUUGCGGGCUUCCAGGCGGGGGACGUAUGCCUGGAGCCGGAGAAGCCCCAAGACUGGCUGUACGAGUCCUACUACAGAAUGAGCCAGCAGCAUCCGCUCAUAGUGUUCCUGCUGCUGAUUGUCAUGGGAACCUGCCUGGCAUUGCUGGCAGUCUUCUUCGCAUCUGGGCUGAACACAGAAGAACACCUGACGUUCCUGAUCACAGUCCCUGCGGCGCUCUUCCUCUUCCUGUCCAUCUUCAUCUUGGUGUGCAUCGAGUCCGUCUUCAAGCGAAUGCUCCGCCUCUUCUCACUCCUCAUAUGGGCCUGUCUGGUCACUAUGGGAUACCUCUUCAUGUUCUCUGGAGGCAUUCUUAGCCCAUGGGACCAGGUGUCCUUCUUUCUCUUCAUUGUUUUUGUCGUUUACACCAUGCUGCCUUUCUCCAUGAGUGGGGCAAUCAUCGCCAGUGCCGUCACCUGCCUCUCACACACAGUUACUCUCAGCUUCUGCCUGGCCGGCAGCACCGAGCUGGAACAUUUAGUCUGGCAGAUUUUAGCAAACGUCAUAAUUUUUACUUGUGGAAACUUGGCGGGGGCUUACCACAAACAUCUGAUGGACUUGGCCCUCAGGCAGACCUACCAGGACACCUGCAACUGUAUCAAGUCCCCCAUUAAACUGGAGUUUGAGAAGCAUCAACAGGAACGCCUGCUCUUGUCCCUAUUGCCAUCGCACAUUGCCCGGGUGAUGAAAGCUGAGAUUAUCCAGCGACUGCAAGGGCCCAACUUUGGCCGAACGGAGAGCACCAACAACUUUCACAACCUAUAUGUGCAGAGACACACCAAUGUCAGUAUUUUGUAUGCAGAUAUUGUGGGCUUCACGCGACUGGCUAGUGACUGCUCUCCAGGCGAACUUGUGCAUAUGCUGAAUGAACUUUUUGGGAAAUUUGACCAGAUUGCAAAGGAGAAUGAAUGUAUGCGAAUCAAGAUCCUGGGUGAUUGUUAUUACUGCGUGUCCGGUCUGCCCGAAUCACUGCCUCAUCAUGCCAGGAACUGCGUGAAGAUGGGCUUGGAUAUGUGUGAGGCCAUCAAGAAAGUCAGAGAUGCCACUGGUGUUGAUAUUAACAUGCGUGUGGGGGUCCAUUCUGGAAACGUCCUCUGUGGUGUUAUUGGUCUCAGGAAGUGGCAGUAUGAUGUCUGGUCACAUGACGUCACGUUAGCCAAUCACAUGGAAGCAGGAGGUGUGCCCGGGAGGGUGCACAUUUCCUCCGUGACCUUGGAGCAUCUGAAUGGAUCAUACAAAGUGGAGCCUGGGAACGGACAGAGCCGCGACUCAUACCUCAAAGAACAUGGAGUUGUCACCUACCUGGUCAUCAACCCCAAGACGGACAGGCACAGCCCUCUCCUGGGCGUCCGAUCUCGCCCCUCUCUGGAUGGGGGUAAGAUGAGAGCCUCUGUCAGAAUGACCCGCUACCUCGAGUCCUGGGGCGCUGCCAAGCCUUUUGCCAACCUCCACCACCGAGACAGCAUGACCACUGACAACGGCAUGAUCAACACCACGGAUGUUCCAAUGGGGCAGUACCACUUCCAGAGGCGAGAAAGGUCUAAGUCACAGAGGAGAAGGUUUGAGGAGGAGCUUAAUGAGCGAAUGAUCCGAACCAUUGAUGGAAUCAACUCACAAAAACAGUGGCUCAAGUCUGAGGGCAUUCAACGCAUCUCAUUGUUCUUUCACAAUAAAACAUUGGAAAAAGAGUACAGAUCCACAACAUUACCAGCCUUCAAGUACUACGUCACCUGCGCUUGCCUCAUAUUUUGCUGUAUCUUCGUCGUGCAGGUCCUGGUUCUGCCCAGAACUGCUGUGUUGGGAAUCUCCUUUGGGUUGGCUUUCCUGCUGCUGGCGCUCAUUCUGCUUCUGUGCUUCGCCGGUCACAUUCUGCAGGGAGGAAAAGGCUCUUUCUGCCCACUGUCCUGGUUUCCAGUUUCUUCACGAAUCAUUGUCACUAAUAACCCCUGGCUGAGACUGGUCCUCACCAUCAUGACCACCGCCCUCAUUCUAAUAAUGUCUGUCUUCAACAUGUUCUUUGUUGAGGAUCCCGGAGGACCACCAGAUGUUUUACCGAGUACUCCACCUGAAGUGCUAAUCACCAUGGCACCUGUGAAUCUCACCAACGGCAGCCUGCUUUUCUAUCAGGACCAAACCACAGAAGCAGCAAAGUUUUAUCUGCCAUACUUCAUUUAUUGCUGCAUCUUGGGCCUGGUGUCUUGCUCCGUGUUCCUGAGGAUCAACUACGAACUGAAGAUGCUGGUGAUGCUGGUUGCCCUGGUGAUCUACAAUAUCAUCAUCCUCCAGACUCACGCCUCGCUGCUGGACGGCGUCAACAAAGCCCUGUACACAACCGACACACUGGAUAGGCCUGGGGUCCUCAAGGACUUGAAGACUAUGGGUUCUGUGUCACUUUUCAUCUUCUUCAUCACACUUCUGGUAUUAGCAAGACAGAAUGAAUAUUACUGUCGACUGGACUUCCUGUGGAGAGACAAGUUCAAGAGGGAGUGUGAGGAGAUUGAAACCAUGGAGAAUCUCAACAGAGUUCUGCUGGAAAAUGUAUUACCUGCGCAUGUUGCGGAGCACUUUUUGGGACGCCACUGGAAAAAUGAGGACCUAUAUCAUCAGUCGUACGAGUCAGUGUGUGUAAUGUUCGCCUCCAUUCCCGACUUCAAAGAGUUUUACACCGAGUCUGACGUCAACAAAGAAGGACUGGAGUGUCUCCGUCUCCUUAACGAGAUCAUAGCCGACUUUGAUGAGCUGCUGUCCAAGCCAAAAUUCAGCGGAGUGGAGAAGAUUAAGACCAUCGGCAGCACUUACAUGGCCGCUACUGGUCUGAACGUAGCGCCGGGACCAGAGUGCACACAGGAUGAGAGACAAUACAUGCACAUUGGCACAAUGGUGGAGUUUGCCUUUGCCCUGAACGGGAAACUUGAUGUCAUCAACAAACAUUCCUUUAACGACUUCAGGCUCAGAAUAGGAAUAAACCAUGGACCUGUGAUCGCUGGAGUUAUCGGUGCCCAGAAGCCUCAGUAUGAUAUUUGGGGAAACAGUGUAAAUGUGGCCAGUCGCAUGGAAACUACUGGAGUUCUGGGGAAAAUACAGGUGACAGAGGAGACCAGGCGAAUCCUGCAAAAUCUGGGAUACAUGUGUUCAUGUCGGGGCGUUAUCAAUGUGAAAGGCAAAGGAGAUUUGACAACGUAUUUUGUCCACACAGAGAUGACCCGAUCUCUAUCACAAGGAACUGUGAUGCCUUGAGUGUGCUAUGCUUUAACUGAGCCUAUAGACACUAAAAGAAUGCAAUCCGAGUGGCUGUUUAUAAGUAAUUGUUGUAAGUAAGAGCCAAAGAAGUGGACAAGCACUUCUGUCUUUAGCACGACUGUUUGGAUGGUUUUCACUAAUCUGAAGCGGAACAAGGGCUUGGCUGGAGGAGCGCCUGACUAACUACACAGAGGUUUGCUGAAUUAGUGCAGUUCUCGUGGGUUGCAGUCACCCAAGUGUACAAUAGUUGUAGCGGUGCAGAGCUAAUUAGCCAUGCCAGUGUUGUGCUUCAGAGCCUGUUGUAGACUGGGCUGCCUGUGGAGAGGUUUUAUAUCUGCCUGGCUGGAAACUGUGAACUGGUGAGAUUCCAUUUUAUUUAAAUGGAUGUUAGUUUUUUGUCAUAUAGAGCAGCCCAUGUUAGCUAAUUGCCAGCGCAUAAGGUAGAUGCCAAAUCAUGCAAAAUAGUAUUUAUAGCUUUGAGAUGCAUUUGUGUUUUAUUGAAUGACACGGGGUUCUGUCAGAGAUUUAAGUAACUGUUUCUUUUUUUAUAUAUAAGGCAUAAGGAACAAAACUCUUGUCUGUAUAUAAUGUUCACUGCCAUUCUUUUGUUAUCCAUUAAACAUUUGUAUUUAAAA